ACAAAAUUAGACUCUCGGAAAAUCCACUCAGCGGGUGAUUUUUAUCUUGAAUUAAUUUUUUCUUGUUUUGCCUCGAAGGUGGCGAGUGUCGGUACUCUAACGUUCACCGGUGCCGGGUCAAGACGUGUUUUCCCGUAAUUAUUUCGUUGUCGCCGCCGUCGUUAUCGUUAUCCGGACAAUCGCGCGUUCCAACCAAUCGAUUCAAGAGGGGACUGAUUCCAAGAGGAAUUGAUUAGUCGGGCCGGAAGGAUAUUUAUUUUUCCUUGUGUUUGCUAGUGAAUGGAGAUCUCAACGAUUGAAUUGCAAUUUUUGAAGACCGCCGGCCUUUGGAAUAGAAGCUGUUGCUAUUGCUCUUGUUGCUGACAGGAUCGACCGGGCAUCCUGGGGGAAAUGGAUGUCAAGGCGAAUCUCGUUGAAUGGAUGGAACUUUUGACUGACAUGCUUCAAUUCCUGGAUGCAACCGCAUCGGCAAAAAUGUGCAAUUCCCCGAGGAAGGCCAUUGCAAUAAACGGACGGGGACGACACCCGCAAUGUGCCGCUGCCGCUUCUACUACUGCUGACAUGGUGAAAAGCGACGAUAUAUGCGACUGGAUUCCCCAGGACCGAACAGAGAGUGCCGAGUACAUGAAUAUUGUCAAUAAAAUAGAUGAAUCUCAUCGCCUUACGUUGAUACACAAAUGCAAUGCGGUGCUUGGAAAGUUGCACGAAUGGCUGCUGGCAUCCAUGCUGGAAUCCCCAUCGUUGGAACCAUUGAAGAAAGGAUUAGAUGGAGCAGAAGAUGGCGAGGAGGAGGAAAACUCAUAUCUGGAGAUGAACAGAGUAGGACAUAAAAAUGAUAUUAAUUUAACCCAACCAACAGAUAAGAUUGACUCUUGUGAAAAUUUCGACAAGGAUGAGGCUGCUAGCAGUUUCCGGGAAGAAGACUUAUCUAACAAAAACGAAGAGGAGCUCAACUUGGAAGAAAAUUGUUAUGACUUUACAACCGAUAGAAGUCUGUACGACGACUGCUCUCCAGACAUAAAAUUGAAUAAUGUAGCGUGCGUAAUCCCAAUAGAUGACGAUGAUAGCAAGUGUCCCUUUAGUGGUUUACCAGCAGCCCAUCUACGCAUCAAGCAGUCUCCCAUGUUCGGAACACUUUUCAGGCAAGAGAAACGACUGUUCUUCGAUCAAACGAAGAAAUUUUAUGUUGGUUUGUUGGAUCGUUGGCUGUUGAUAUACAACAAUUGUAAUGAACUCAAACCAGUUCAGUGCAUACAAGUUAAGGAUUUGAAGUUAGAUCUCAAUUUGAAUGACCAGUUUAAUGAAAAGCACCAAUUCAACAUAAUUACUCAGAAUGAUUCGAAGAUAUGCUUUUUGUCACCAAGCUUCAAGGAGCUGAACGAGUGGAUUGUAGCACUCGAACAAUGUCUGCUAGGAAAGUCCGAAAGCUCUAUCGCAAUCAAUAGUUCCAGGAAGCUGCCACUUCCUCCCACACCGGAUGAUGAACCUGACAACAGUUGUUUAACUGGUGACGGACUCGCGGAUCACACGGACAGCAUCUAUGAAGAGCCCCAACUUUUGCACAAACAACACGAAUUCGUUGAACAAAACCAACAGCACAACUAUGACACUCCGAAGCCACCCGUCGUCGAUGUUUGUCACCACAAACACCAAAGUCAACAACACACGGAAACAGGUCCAACUAAAAUAACUAAUGACGGUCUGAUUUCUCCCACGACAACUCCCAGGGCAAACAAGUGUGAACCAAUUAGCCACACGGUAGUGCCAACUGUUGCGACGAACACUUCCGUUUCCGCUCCCACAUCCACCCCAACGACGCCCACUUCGACGACGCCGGUUAAAAGUUGGCUCUUUAAUCGUUUCCAUAAAUCAGCCCCUUCUGAUGGCAACGGAACAUCGUCGUCGGAGCAAUCGAAGCACACUCGUAAGGCACUCUCCUCCAAGAAGCAGCUCGCCUUUCAGCACGAACACAUACCAGAUGUGGCGUCAAAACCACCGUCCGGCAUUUCGGCCAAAGCUACUACUAAUAGUGGCAGCAACAGUACCAGCACCAGUCCAUCUUCUACGGUUCCCUCGGCGGCCGGAAAAGGAACGAAAAUAAAUAUGAUAAUUAGUCAACUGGAGGCCAACGGUCAAUUGAGCCUGUUGUCGAAAAGUUUAAACGACCCCAACAAGCGGAACACGUGGUGCUUGGACGAGUAGCUUCAUUAGAUACUUCUGUUUGUACAGAUUUUUGUGUAUGAAUGUGGUGUGUGAUUUUCCGGCUAAUAACACCGACGAUGGUGCUCCGGAUGAGAAAGAAGAGAACACAUUUUUGCGAUCCUUUUAGUUUCAGCUGAAGCGGAUGUGGGUUGUUGUAAUUUGUUUCAAACAUUAAGGUGCUAAUAUGGGGUGAAUCGGUUUUAGGGUUCGUAUUAAUGAUGUUGGCUUCCCAUUAAAAAGUUUGAAAGAAA